CGGUGCCCUCACAAUUCUUGCUCAAGAUGAAGUUGAAGGACUCGAAGUCAGACGUAAAUCAGAUCAAGAAUGGAUCAGAGUCAAACCCGCCCCACAAGCUUUUAUCACCAACAUUGGUGAAGUCGUUCAGGUUUGGAGCAAUGAUGAGUACGUAUGAGAGUGUGGAGCAGAGGGUGAUAGUGAACUGUAAGAAGGAAAGGUUUUCGAUUUCCUUCUUCUUCAACCCUGCGCAUUACACCAUUGUUGAGCCUUUGAAGGAGCUGAUUCAUGAACAAAACCCUUCAAAAUACAGGCCCUAUAAUUUUGGCAAGUAUCUUGUGAAGAGAAAAGAGAGCAAUUCCCAGAAACAGAACGUGGAAAACCUUCUGAUUUCUCAUUUCAGGCUGCUUUAAAUAUGUAUAUAUCAUUACCCUUUGGCUUCUGUAUGGACCGAGCGGUAAUGUGAGAC